AUGCUCAGCAAGGUCAUCCCAAUGCUGCCGACCUUCCAGAUCACCGUCUGCUGCGCCUGCCUUGAGGAUCCGGUCACGUUCUGCACCGCUGUGCCGACCUGCUUCUGCCAAAACUACAAUCAGCGUUUUGAGAUUCUUCGGAGAACUGGCUUUGAGUACGAGUACCUUGGAGGUGCGCUCCGUGGGCCGUGCUGCUGCAUGUGCGAGCCGCUGGCUGACUGCAUGGAGGACGAUCCGAGCUGCGGCAUGCUCUGUGAGGUCAUCUGCUGCCAUCCGUGCGCGGUUCAGGUCACCCGCGGCAUGGUUGCUUACCACUACAACCUCCGCGACCGCUGCUGCCUCGACUGUGGUAUCUUUGCCGACUUUGGCGACGGCGACUCGUUUGCUAGCGAGGUUAUCAGCUUUCUGUACAACUCGGCCGUCUCGGCCUGCUACAUCACGGCAAACGCGUACGAGUUUCGUUACCAGGACUCGCUUCAGAACAAGCGCCCACCAGCAAAUCAGCCACCGGCGUGGGGCCCGGGAGCGCAGGCGCACCGGUAG